CAGCGCUUGACAGUUUGCUUAUUGCUUCCACCUAGCCUCGCCGAUCUUCUCUAUUUCCUCGAACAGUUGCUAUUCACCCGUAUCAGAAGCAAGCUUCUGGUCUCGCCUCUUUCUCUGUUCCCCCCCAUUUACAUUCUGAUACGUAGAUUCUGAUUUUCCACCUUUUUCCUAGUUCCCACUGCAUAGUUGAGUGAAGAUGACAAAGAAGAAGGAGAAGAAAGUGAACGUGUCCGGAAAGCCAAAGCACUCACUCGAUGCGAACAGGAGCAAUGACAAAAAGAGCUCUUCAAAUUCGCGUAGCGCCGCUACAGUGCGGCGGCUUAAUAUGUACAAUACAAGACCCGUGCGGGAUCGUAAAGGGAAAAUCUUGAAGAACGAGUUUCAAUCAAAGGACUUGCCAAGUACACGAAUUCAACCCGACCGCCGAUGGUUUGGAAACACUCGGGUUGUAAAUCAAAAGGAGCUUGAAUUUUUCCGUGAGGAGCUUCAAAAUCGCAUGUCAAGUAAUUACAAUGUCAUAUUGAAAGGAAAGAAUCUGCCCAUGUCUCUCCUGAACGAUCAACAAAAGCAAUCAAGAGUUCACCUUCUUGAUAGAGAGCCUUUUGAGGAUGCAUUUGGACCUAAGACUAAAAGGAAGCGCCCUACCUUCUUGGCAGCAGAUUAUGAAUCUCUGGUAAAGAAAGCUGAUGGUUCUCAAGAUGCUUUUGAGCAGAGGUAUGGUGCUAGUGUAUCUGCGGAAGGUGAUGGUGAUGAUGGGUUUAGGGAUUUAGUGCGGCAUACAAUGUUUGAAAAAGGUCAAAGUAAACGUAUAUGGGGUGAACUCUACAAAGUCAUAGAUUCUUCUGAUGUUGUUGUCCAGGUUUUAGAUGCAAGGGACCCUCAAGGCACAAGAUGUUACCAUUUAGAGAAGCAUUUGAAGGAAACUUGCAAGCAUAAGCACAUGGUUCUUUUGCUAAACAAGUGCGAUUUAGUUCCUGCCUGGGCAACAAAGGGGUGGCUUAGAGUUUUGUCAAGAGAGUAUCCUACUCUAGCCUUCCAUGCAAGUAUUAACAAGUCCUUUGGAAAGGGUUCACUUCUGUCAGUUUUGAGACAAUUUGCCCGAUUAAAAAGUGACAAGCAAGCAAUUUCCGUUGGAUUCAUUGGAUAUCCGAAUGUUGGGAAGUCUUCAGUGAUCAACACAUUACGUACAAAGAAUGUCUGCAAGGUUGCUCCGAUUCCAGGGGAAACAAAAGUCUGGCAAUAUAUAACCCUUACAAAGAGAAUCUUUUUGAUUGACUGCCCGGGUGUUGUUUAUCAGAACAAUGACUCUGAAACAGAUAUUGUGCUGAAGGGUGUGGUACGCGUGACAAACUUGCAAGACGCUUCAGAACACAUAGGUGAAGUUUUAAAACGUGUGAAGAAGGAGCAUUUGGAAAGAGCAUACAAGAUAACUCAGUGGGAUGAUGAGAAUGAUUUCCUAGUUCAGCUCAGCAAAGCUACUGGCAAACUCUUAAAGGGUGGUGAGCCAGACCUGAUGACUGCAGCUAAGAUGGUACUUCAUGACUGGCAGAGGGGCAGGAUUCCCUUUUUCGUUCCCCCACCACGUAAAGAUGAUUUACCUGAGGAGGAACCCAAUGUUAAUGGUGUAGAUGUCGAUACUGGUGUUGACAGUGAUCAGGCAUCUGCAGCUUUUAAAGCCAUAGCAAAUGUUCUUUCAUCUCAGCAGCAAAGAAGUGUACCUGUUCAGAGGGAUUUAUUUAGCGAGAAUGAGUUGGAGGAAGAGACUGCGGACCAACUUCCCAACACCCAGGAUAGUAUAGAUGAAGAGAUUUCAACUCCUAAUAGUGACUCGUCUGAGCGAAGUCCAGUUCAGCUUGGACUUGGAUUGAAUGCUGAUGAGCAGGUUCCAACUAACGAGUCAUAAAAUCCUCAUCCUUUUCGUCAGUGUUCUAUGCCCACCUUUUUGUCAGAGUUGAAAGAGGGCAUUCUUAAAUCGUGGGACGAUCCAAGGCAUUGACACUUGAGAUGAAAUACAUCGCAUUUGCUCGAGGUAUUCUAAGGUGUUGGCCCAGUUUUGGUCAUAUAACUUAAGUUUCAUUCUUGUUAUAUUGAGAAAAGAGUAAAUUAACGGAGGUCUCUGAGAUUUCCCAUUUGAUGUAGAUGAUAAUCGGAGCAGAUUUUAUUCCUGUGUUUUUUGACCUGCAAAUUUCUUGCCUCAUGAGCUGAGAUUGUAUGUGAUUGUUACUAAUUAGGGCGGUGAGAGUUCAAUGCAUGUAAGGGUUUUGUAGUUCGGAUAAUUCAUCACUAUACAGUAAGCAAUUUAAUAUUCUAUAAGGUAUUCGUUUUCUGAAACAUGAAA